AUCUGCAUUCCAAGUUUUUUUCAACAUCAUGGAAAGAUUAAACCAAUUAUCCGGACAAUUAAGCCCUAACUCCAAGCAAGCCUUGCUUCAAAAAAACCCUGAUGAUGUGGUGGUGGUAGCUGCUUAUAGAACUGCUUUGGCCAAAGGUGGUAAAGGUGGAUUCAAAGAUGUAGGAUCCGAUUUCCUUUUAAAGGGCCUCUUUGAAGCCUUUAUCAAGAAGACCGGUAUUGAUGUUAACUUGAUCGAAGAUGUCGCCGUUGGUAACGUGUUGAACGGAGGAGCUGGUUCCACCGAACACAGAGGUGCCGCUUUGGCAGCCGGAAUCCCUAACAAGGCUGCGUUCAUCGGCCUCAACAGACAAUGUUCUUCCGGGUUGAUGGCUAUCAGCGAAAUCGCCAACAAGAUUAAGGUUGGUGAAAUCGACUGUGGGAUUGGUGCUGGUGUAGAAAGUAUGAGUGCCAAUUACGGACCUCUGGCAGUGGCUAAGAUUGAUGUUCACUUGCAAGAAAAUGAAGAGGUGGCCAAGUGCUUGAUUCCUAUGGGGAUCACGUCCGAAAACGUUGCAUCCCAAUUCAACGUCAGCAGAGCUGAACAGGAUAAGUUUGCUGCUGAGUCAUACAACAAGGCCGAAAAGGCUAUUUCUUCCGGGGCCUUCAAAGACGAGAUCUUGCCAAUUGAGUCGUUCAUUGCCGAAGAAGAUGACGAUGACAAUGUCACUUACAAGUCGGUGUUGAUUGACACCGACGAAGGUCCAAGAAAGGGAGUUACUGCCGAAUCCUUGGCUAAAUUGAAACCUGCUUUCAGUGCCACUGGUACCACCCACGCCGGUAACGCUUCGCAAGUGUCGGACGGUGCUGCUGUUGUGUUGUUGAUGAGAAGAUCGUUGGCCGAGGCCAAGGGAUACCCUAUUGAAGCCAAGUACGUCUUGUGUUCGGCAGUGGGAUGUCCACCCGAAAUCAUGGGUAUUGGUCCAGCUGUGGCCAUCCCCGAAGCUUUGAAGAAGUCAGGCUUGACGGUGGAUGACAUUGAUGUGUUUGAAAUCAAUGAAGCGUUUGCCUCCCAGUGCUUGUACUCUAUCAACACUUGCAAUAUUCCACGAGAAAAGGUGAACAUCAAUGGAGGUGCUAUUGCUCUUGGUCACCCAUUGGGUUCUACUGGUGCUAGACAAUAUGCCACCAUCUUGAGAUUGUUGAAGCCCGGCCAAUUUGGUGUCACUUCCAUGUGUAUUGGUACCGGUAUGGGUGCUGCUUCUGUUCUUAUUAAGGAAUAGGCGAGAUUCGAGUUUUAUAUUAUGUCACAUUAAAAUAAAUGACCUACUUGAAAUAGACGUUACUGCUCUUUCUACGGUGUACACUCUUUUCUUCGAUUGCUGGCGAUGCCGUCUUCAUCUUAGCGAUAUCGUGGUGAACUCCGUGUGGGAAGUAAACCACAUUGAUAGGUGGAAGAUAGUACACAUUGGAAAUUGGAAAAUACUUGUAGUGGUUACCAUCUUUCCCAAUUGUUUCUAAGUUAAGGGACGACGGGUUGGGGUUGUAACCUGGAGGAAUCGAUUUUGUCUGGCUGGUAGCUGGUACGGGCGUGGUGGACUUUGGCUUUUUGGGCUCUUCUGCCGGCGCGUCGUUUUCAUUCUCAUUCUCAAGGGCAUCACCUUCAAAAUCGUCGUCUCCCUCAUCCUCAUCCUCUUCUUCUUCAUCUCCUUCUUCAGUUCCUUCAUUGUUUGCUUGAGGAUCUCGGUCAGUAGUCGAUUCCGACAGGUUGUAGUCGAUUUUCAUGAAAUCUAAAGGAUCUCCUGUAUCGACUUUUGUGGCUGCAAGAUAUGACAGUUUCAACAGAGGUAAACGGCCCUUGACCAACAUAUCUUUUCUCUCGGCGUAAAAAGACGGGUUUCUGCCUCGAACAAUCAUUGGCUCGCUCUGCAACUCAAAGAGAUUAAUUUCGUUUCGGCUGUUGUCGGAGUUAGCCACCGAAAAGUCCUCGUCAAUAUAAUCAUCAUAGUACAAGUCGGCCACAAUGGCACUCAACUUGAUCUUUAAGUAGUAGUAGUUCUGGAAGAGAAAUUUGCCGUUGUUGGAGGU